AAAUAGAAAUGUAUUCGCCUGAUAGAUAGGAUCCCUCACUAUUGAAUUGUUAAAACUGCAAAAUUAAAAACGCAGCAGAGAGAGAGAGUCACGCAGAGAGACACCAAAUCAACACACGAGAGAGAAGAGAGAGUCACUCAGAGAGAGACACACAAUGGGGAAGAAUCUGAGCAACGAUCAGGUCUCAUCAAUGAAAGAAGCGUUCACUCUCUUCGACACCGACAACGACGGCAAGAUCGCACCGUCGGAGCUCGGAAUCCUAAUGCGAUCUCUCGGCGGCAAUCCAACGCAAGCUCAACUCAAAGCCAUCAUCGCCGAGGAGAAACUCACCUCGCCAUUCGAUUUCAAUCGAUUCACUGAUCUCAUGUCCAAGCAUCUCAAGCCUGAGCCGUUCGAUCAGAAGCUUCGCGAGGCGUUCAAAGUAAUUGAUAAGGACGGGACUGGCUUUGUUGCGGUCAAGGAUCUUAAGCACAUCCUUACGAGUAUCGGGGAGAAAUUGGAGGCGUCGGAGUUUGAUGAGUGGAUUCGUGAGGUGGAUGUUGGAUCCGAUGGGAAGAUUAAGUAUGAUGAUUUUGUUAACAAGAUGGUUGCCAAGUGAGUUUGAAGUGGUGUUAUAAUGCUUGCUCAAGCUUGACCAGUCCUUUUGAUAUUUAGUCAUGUAGUUCCUACUUUCUCUUUGGUAUAUUCGUGUUUUUAGCAUUCGGUUUCCUUCUGAUUCUUCUUUCUAACAGUGAACAAUGUGUGCAUCCAGUAUUAUUGGAAUCAAUCCUGUCUUUAAUCUUCUUGAA